AUGGUAUCAUCAGAGACAAUUGCAAAUUGUUGGCGAAAGACUAAUAUUCUUUCACAAGAAACAAGUCUUCCAAUUCCAAUUCCAAUUCCUGAUAAUGAAAACAAAAUACAGGAACUUGAAGAAUUAAUUAUUCGCUUACCAGGAAAUGAUCAUCUUACUGUGAAUGAUUAUAUUCAUAUUGACGAUGAGGUUGAAGGCGGGCUUACUGAUAAAGAAAUAUUAGAGAUAAUAGAAAAUGAAAAGGAUGAGCCUGUUGAUGAAAUAGUAAAGGAAGUAGAAAAAGUAACUUUAACAGAAGCUGAAAUGUGUAUAGAUAAAACUUUAGAGUUUUUAUAUGAACAAGGAUUAGAAUUUGGGGAAAUUAAUGAAGAGAUAAAAAUUUUAAGAAAUUUGCAUAAACGGGUUAAAUUAAUGGCAGUAAAAAAUCUUAAACAAGUUGAUCUUCAUUAUUUUGAAAAUAGAGAAACUAAUUAA